AUGUUUAGUGAUAAUGACAGUGAAAUAAUUGAAGGUUUUCUCUGUCCAAUAUGUAGAAGUGAUGAAAAGACAGCAGAGGAUCUGCUGAGACAUUUCGAAGACGAACAUUCCGAAGAAAAAGAUCUAAUUUCUACAUUUCGUGAUGUUUUUAAAAGUGCUAAGAAGAAAAUUUUAAAUAAUUUAGACGAGAGGGAAAUCUCAAAGGCAAUAGAGAGCUCGUUGAGCAUAAAUAAGUCGAUAAUAAGGGUUGACUUUAAGGGUCCUCAAGAAAUUGGUAUUUUUAAAGACCAUUUUGAGUAUUUUAAAGCAAUUAGGAAUCCACGACUAGAACGGUAUGCAACUGAGACUAAUAAGCUAAUUAUUCGGCUUAAUAAGCUACUAACCAAUCGCCCGACUGAUCCUCAACAGAUUAAGCAGCAUGAACAAAAUUUGGUACCUUGGAUUGAUGGUAAAUUAGUCAAGUUAUGUCCAUCAUGUGCUAAGAGCUUCUUCUUUACAAGACGACAACAUCAUUGCCGUUUAUGCGGUGCCAUUAUGUGUAAUGAAUGUUCUCAUUUCUUAUCAAUUGACGAGUCGAUGUCAAUAAUAAAUCCAUCACACGAAUAUCCAAAACCAGAUUCAUCACAAACAGAUGUUAUUAUUAAGGAACCAGAAGAUACAAUAAGAAUGUGUGAACAUUGCUUGCACUUACUAGAAACUCGUAAGGAGAUGCAGGAUGGAAGACUUGCUAGACCAUUUAUAACAAAACUCUAUGAAAGGAUUGAGACACUGAAGAAAGAAGUGAUGCCAGAUAUUGCAAUGUAUGAGAAAAUAAUCAAAAGUCUUUAUAAAGGAGAUUCUGUCUACACAAUUGCUGAUGCUAGUGCUUUACGUGGAAAAAUUGGUUCUAUCGCUGAAUUGCUUGAUGAUUUAAGUAAGAAAGCUUUAACGCUUAAAGCUCAACAAGGUAGCAGGGAAGAGGCAUUGCACAAAAGUCUUCGCAUGGGUGUUAUUAAAUUUAUUAAGGAAUAUAUGCUAGAACUUCCACAAAUUCCAGUUGAAGAUGAAAUAAAGAAGAUCCAACAAAAAAGAGUAAUGGAAUUAAAUCAAAAGAUUGAACGUGACCGUCGAUUAGCGCAAGAAGCUUUUGAAAAGUACGAUUUAUGUGGCGAUAUUUCAUAUGCAGCAACGUCUUCAAAAACGGGAUCAGCAUUAAGGACUGUCGACAAUUGGAGUGGCUAUCAAGAGCAAAACCAAACAAAUGCAAAUGAUCCUCUAAUCAUUCAAAUCAAUAUUGUCAAAGGAUACAUCAAGCAAGCAAGAGAGGCAAUGAGAUUUGAGGAAAUUGAGUCGCUAGAAGCGAAUUUGAAGGAACUGCAGCAUGAAUAUUGGCUAAAGACACAAAAUAAUUGA